CUAGAAUUUUAUGUAUCGACAAAUUUGUUUGUUUUAUGAUAAACAAUUUAAAAAGUUUUAAUUUUCAGACAUGAAAGGUGAAUAUGUAGAACCCCAGAAUCGAAACACCAUCAACAUGUUCUCAAAGCUUCACCACCACCACCAUCAACAACAGCAACCUCAACACCAAACUCAUCCUUUCUCUUAUCACUUUCAACUCUCUCGCGAUUCUCAAAAGCCCGACUCCGAUGACACCACCCACACCCCUAACCAUGCUCCCAAGGAUCUUUCCACCACCACCGCCCAUAGUCCUUCUCUCCUCAGUGGUGGCAGCGGCGGCGGCUCUGCUCGUGGUGGUGAUGGAGCAAGCAUCGAAAUCGUGCGUAGACCGAGGGGUCGUCCUCCGGGUUCCAAGAACAAGCCCAAGCCACCCGUUGUUAUCACUCACGAGCCCGACCCGGCAAUGAGUCCUUACAUUCUGGAAAUCCCAGGGGGCAACGACAUCGUAGAAGCUGUCUCCCGUUUUUCUCGCCGCAAGAACAUUGGAAUCUGUCUGCUCACGGGAUCUGGGACCGUUUCUAACGUGACUCUCCGUCAACCUUCUUCGGCCACUCCAGCAGCCACCAUAACUUUCCAUGGCAUAUUCGACAUCUUGUCCCUCUCGGCUACAUUCCUGUCCCAAACGACGUCGUGCCACGUCCCCAACACGGUAUCCAUAUCUUUGGCCGGUCCUCAAGGGCAGGUCGUUGGAGGUUUCGUAGCUGGUCCCCUUGUAGCAGCUGGCAACGUGUUUAUAGUAGCUGCUACGUUCAACAACCCUUUGUAUCAUCGCAUACCCGGGGAAGAAGAAGGGAGGAAUACGGUCUCGUCUGGUGUUGCAGGUGGGCAGUCGCCGCCGUUGUCUGGUGGCGGUGGUGAUAGUAGUCACGGUGGUGGGGCAGAUUCUUGUGGGGUUUCGAUGUAUAAUAGCCAUUUGGGUGGAUCAGAUGUCAUUUGGGCUCCAACUGCGAGACCCCCACCGCCUCCACCGCCUUACUAAUGAGUUCAAAGAUUUAGCUUUUUUCAGCUUUAUUUUA